CUGUGGUCGAUUUUUUUGUUUUGUUUUAUUUUGUUUGCGGUUCAUUUCUUUUCUUCUGACGCGCUCGCUCUGCUUUGAUCGAAAUUUCCCCGCUAGCAAGCACUCCGGCCGAUGCCAUGCGAUGCCAUUUUGGCUCCGUACGCGCUCGCUCUCCUCCACUCAAUUGAUGGCGGCGCCGGCGCGAGCUCGAUUGGUGCGCGGCGUCGCGUCUCGCCUCGGUGGCGGCCGUCGCCUCCUUGCCCGCUCUGCCGCCUCCAAGCCCCAGGCCACCAGCCUCAAGGACGACAGCUGCACUGCCUUCCUACAUUGGCUGCAGAGGAAGGCAGGUACUCAGAUUUCAUCGGUACUAGAUGUCGCUACUUCGACCUUUGGAAGGUCGUUAUUUGCAUUAGAGCCCAUACAAGAGGGGGACUGUAUAUUGGAAGUACCUUAUGGUGUUCAACUUACUCAAGAUAAACUUCCCCAAGAAGUUUGUAUGCUACUCGAUAACCUUGUUGGAGAUACAGCAAAGAUUGCUGUGCUCCUCAUACUGGAGCAACACCUGGGACAUGCAUCAGGAUGGGAGCCAUAUAUCAAAUCUCUUCCAUGCAAGGAUCAGAUGCAUAACAUGAUGUUCUGGGAUCUGAAUGAGCUUCAUAUGGUCCGAAACAGCGCAGUUUAUAAUGAAGCCAUUGAACAAAGGGAACUGGUUAAGAAGGAAUUUUCAGCAGUGAAGCCAGUCCUUGAAUGUUUCCCGCAUUUGUUUGGAGAAGUAAAAUUGGAGGAUUUUAUGCAUGCUUGUGCAUUGGUUUCAUCUCGAGCUUGGCGGACUUCCAGAGGUGUGUCACUGAUUCCAUUUGCAGAUUUUCUUAACCAUGAUGGUCGUUCUAAUUCUAUAUUACUAUACGACGAGCAGAAAGAUGUUUCUGAGGUCAUUGCUGACAGGAACUAUGCUGUCGGUGAACAGGUUAUGAUAAGAUAUGGAAAAUACUCUAAUGCUGUACUAGCACUUAACUUUGGAUUCACACUUUCCAGGAAUAUAUAUGACCAGGCACAAACUUGGGUAGAUAUGGAAGACCAAGACUCGUUUUCUAGGGAGAAGCUUGCCACAUGGUUAAGGCAUCAUCAUGGUCCGAAAUCUGAAGACAUGUUCAGUUGCAACUAUACUAAAGCUUCUUUUGUUAUAAAGGAGGUCAAAUUCUGUGGAGGCAAAGGGGUGGGAGUUCCCCAGAUCUUGCGUGCAUUUUUCCGGGUUUUCUAUGCCACAUCACUUGAAGAACUAGAAGAAAUGUCCACAGAGGCUGCUAGAGAUGAUGGUCGACUUGCCAGACGUCCUCUGGAAAAUAGAGAGAGAGAAAUCCAUGCUCACCGCAUGUUGCUCCUGCACCUGGACGAAGAGAUUCAGGGCUAUUUUACAGCUAUUGAGCACCUUGGAAUUGCUAGUGACCCUGAAUCUAGGAGCGUGCAUCCCUUCAGAAAAGAGAUGGCCAAAGAUCUACUCGUUGGCGAGCUCCGUGUUUUGCGAAGUGCUCGUGCAUGGGUUGCGACCUAUUGUGAGACUUUAAGCACUUCAUAGUGCUUCAUCCACAGGGCAAUGCCUCUUUGACAGGUGCAGGAAGGGAACUCGUGUAUGAGCUUCCUUGUGCCUCUGUUCUGUUGUGUUCCCCUUUCCUUUAACCUCUCACCAUCUUUGCUAUUUUUAGCUGCUGUUGCGUAUCUGCAAUGAAAGGAAUUGGCUAUCAGCCUCACAA